AUGUCUAAGACAUGUUGUUAUUGCGCUGAGAUAAUGCGCAAACCUUUGGAAGGCAUAAAAUGUUCGUACUGUGUCGAAUGUCUAAAGUUUUUCGAGUCAUUCAACACUGUCAACAUGCUUAUUGAAAAACAAGAAGAAUAUUUAAGCCGAGAAAAAUUAAGCCAAAUAUCAAAUGCAGAUGAUUUGCUCGACAAAUCUAUUAGCAACUUAAAAAAUAAACACAGCACGACUUGGUUCAGUUUUGUCAAGAAAAAUAAUGAUGCUGUAUCUAAUGAAAUGAAAACUGUCAAAAAGACGUUAGACACAGUUAAUGAUAAUAAAGAACGUGAAAACAACAUUGUUUUAUUUAAUUUGUCUGAAAGUGAAUUUGUCUCAAAAGAUAGAAAUAUUGUUAUGUCUCUUUUAAAGUCCUUAGCCGGUGAUGCUUUCAAUAUCAACAAUGUUUUGGCAGUUUCAAGACAAGGAAGAAAAAGCGACAAAAUUUGUCGACCUGUCAUCGUCAGAUUCAGUGACGCAACAUUCAAAUUGUUGAUUUUGAGAGCGUCUUUUAAAAUAAAGUAA